GAUAACCAGACCGGCCACGCACAGGACAGGCAGACAAAGAAAGAAAGAGAUAUAGAGUCUUAUCUUGCGCUCUCUAAUAACCCAUGCAAAUAGGAACAGCGCCCCAGUCCACUGUGGUUCGCGUAUCCAUGCAGCUUGUGGAGAUUCGCAGGUGAGCGCGUAGUGAAGUAAUUCUGCUACUUUCAUGAACCACGGAGAGAAGGAAAGGAGGAGGACCUGGGACACAGUUGGUCUAUCGUGCUAUGCCUUCCAGCACUCGGGGAAAAGCACGGACAGAGGGGAGGCUGGACACGGAGAGGACGAGACAGCAGAGGACGACUACACAAAAAGCGGCCACAGCAGACCGCAACGCGACAUGGAGAUGACAAGCCGUAACUUGUAUCUAGAUUCCAAAGUAGACAAUUCCGAUGGCUUGAUCAACGGAAACGGCGGUGACAGGACGGAAAUAUCUGUGCCAUUGUCCCAUCCAGGGAAGCGCACGACUCAAAUCGAGGGAGACAAUCUUUAUAGAUUGCGAGACAGAAAGUUUUUAUUGGAGGACAAAAAGCGCCUGUGCGCGUGGGCUCUGGGCACCGCGCUGCUUGGGAUUCUGCUAAUGAUACUGCACGCCGAGCUGUGCCCGUUCAUUUACCAACCGGGCUCCAGCUAUGCCUUUAUCAUCAACUGCUCCAUUAGCAUGUCCACCGGGUGUCUUCUGAUUCUCAUCAUAGCCUUCCAUUACAAGGACGUCAGGCUCUUCAUCAUCGACCACAACCAGGUGGACUGGCGCAUCGCCAUGACGAGCCCCAGGGUGCUGGGCAUCUCCCUGGAGCUGUUGGUCUGUGCCAUCCACCCUGUGGGCACCUACUGGGAGGUGGGCAGCUCCGCGCCUCUGGCCAGGGAGGGUGUAAAGGUCAACUCCUCCAACUCGCCUCCGCUGUGUGUGUCAUUUCACUACGGAGAGGCAUUAAUGGACACAGAGCUGCUGCUAUCGGCACUGAUGUUCCUCAGGCUGUACCUAGUCCACAGAGCAAUCCUGUUGCACAGCAAAGUGCUGCUCAGUGCCUCCUACAGGAGUAUCGGGUCACUCAACAACAUCAACUUCACGUUCCGCUUUGUGCUCAAGGUGCUGAUGAACAAGUACCCGGGGCGCACGCUGACCGUCUUCAUCUUCCUCUUCUGGCUCAUCGCCUCCUGGAUGCUCACGCUGUGUGAGAGGCAAACGCAGGAGACGACGGGUCGCAUGGACACAGCUCUCUGGCUCAUUGCCAUCACCUUCCUCACCGUGGGAUAUGGAGAUGUGUCCCCCAAAACCAGCUGUGGCAAAUUGGUGUGCCUCUUCACUGGAGUCAUGGGUGUUGCCUGCACUGCCAUGCUGGUGGCUGUCAUGACCAAGAAGCUGGCCCUGAACAAAGGAGAGAAACAUGUGCACUUCUUCAUGAUGGACAUUCAGAUCUCUAAACGGAUCCGCCAUGCUGCAGCCAACGUGCUGAGGGAGUGUUGGCUGCUUCACCGUACCAACCUGGCUAAGAGCCACAGUGGAGAUCACCGAAGACACCAGAGGUGCUUACUGGAGGCCAUCAGAAUAUUCCGGCACUUGCGCCUCAAGCAAAGGAAGCUGAGAGAUUACGCCAGUGAGAUGGUCGACCUGCCCAAGAUGCAGAUGAUCAUGUGCGACCUGAGUGCCAACUGGAAUAACUCAUAUCGGGAGCUGGAGCAGCGCAUCAUCUCCAUGGAGCAGAAGUUAGACGAGCUGGGACACUGCUUCCAACAAACCAUGGAGCUGCUGGCACAGGCCCUGCACCACCGCAACCCUCAGAACAGGACAGAAUUGCAACCUACCCAUAACCCUGAAAUAAGGUGACUUGUAGCUGUGUGGUGGUGGUGGAUGCCACCAGCCUCGUCUGUAAUUUCCAACAGACCAGGAUGGGAAUACUCUCCCUCCCAAAACUGCAGGACAAAAACAGGCAUCAUCUUCUGACCCAAUGCCUGAAUGGACCGAAAUAAUUACUUGUACUCCCAAAGACAAUACCUUAACUUUUACAGCAGCAGGGUCUCUGGUUUAUUUUCAGAUUUAAUGUACAAAAAGUAUUGUGUUAAUCUGAAUCAAGGACUACAGUGACAUGGCCUCUGGUUCUGUAGCUUGUGUUUUAACAGAAAGAGUGGCUAAGGGUUCACUCUCUGAUGGCUCACAAAAUACACUUAAGGAUGACCUCUUACUAAUGCUGUGAGUGUUAAAUUUCAUUGGAGUAUUUUAGAAAAAAACACAUUGUUAUGAGAGGUAACAAAGUUUAACAAAAAUGUAAUUGGUAGAGGAACUUUUGACUGUCAUUAUUGACAGCCUUGCUCAAAGUGUCUGUCAUUCAUAAUCAAAACAGUUAAAAACACAACAGUUAUUUUAUUAUGCAUUAUAUUUCUGACAGAAAAUAUAAUGCAAAGCUGCAGGACACUUGUAUAAUGUACAGCUCUGGCCACUUACAAUUCCAAUUCAGUCAUGCAACCUCAAUCUGUGGGACAAAGCCUAUGGUCAGCGGCUGUCUCAAGGGCUGCCGGUCCCCCUACCAACUCUAACCUUCCUUAGGGUACUGGGGAAAGUUAUGAAAGUGGACUGAAUGUAAGACUGUUUUGCAUAUAACUAAUCAAGACUGUUAAGACAUACAUUGUUGUUAUUAGGAUUAUUGUAUGGGGGAAGCUGUCAGUCACAACAAUAGUGUUGCCUAAUAAAGUUCAGGGAGACCACGUCAUUUUGAUGUGGUAGCUCCCUCUAAUGGAUAAGUACAUGUAUGACAAUCAAACACAAUUCAUAGACAUGAAUGACAAGACGACAGUCAUGUCUUGUUGUAUAUGCUGUAUGAAUAAUGAAGUCCAACAACUUCAACAAAGAUCUGCUAACAUUGUAUUUCAACUAGUUACAGAUGAAUAAUAAUAGUUUGUACACAGGAGUGAUAGUGACUGUAUAAUGAUGUUUAAAUGAAGGUUCAGUACAUUGACCUAAUGCUUAAUUUAUCAUUCACUUUGUGAAUCCACAUAAUUUUUACACGUGCUUUACUCCACUCCAACACUUGAGGCUUAUGAAGUCCACAGUUCUGGGGCAUUACCAAAUAACCAUUGUGUGAACUAUUCAUUUGGUCAUAUUUAAACUGAACUUCAACAUCUGCAUUAACUGGAGUAAAGGUAUGUAAAUCCUCAACGUGAGGACCAUUAAUGUCAGAUUACAAAGUAUUACUCUGAAGAAAAACUAAAAAAGGACUACAGCAUUUCUUUUGUACAUUAUUAAAUGCAUGCUUUGCAAACAUCUGGAAUUCUAGACAAUUAAAAGCCACUGAGGUGAGGUUUGUAAAUA